AUAUAAUUAUGCAAGAAUAAAAUGAAAGUGACAAUGAGAAUGAGUUAGUUGAUUUAAAAGAAACAGAAUAUUUGAUUCUCAAAAAUAAAGAGUAUCAAAUUGAUUUAGAUCUUAUUCUCAAAACUAGCAUCGAUCAAAAUUUUAUAGAUAUCAUGACAGAAGAUUAAAAGUAUAGACAAGUUUUCAUAAGUAUUUAGAACUAAUGAAUUGAUGUCUCUUAAAAUAAUACACUUAGAAUUCUUAAACAUAAGUAAUCAAAUUUAAAUUCUAAUCUUUAGAAAAAAUAGAAAACUUCGAAUUGUUUGAUAAGUUAUAAAUUCUCUUUCUCUAACAUGUAAGUAAUCAUUCUCAAUGUAGAAUAAAAUUAGAGAAAUGGAAAAUUUAGAAACUUUAAUGAAUUUAGAGUAUUUGAGUCUGAAGAAUAAUGAAAUUUAAGUUUUGAAGGGAUUGAAAAAUAGUAAGAAACUAGCCUUUCUUGAUGUAUCUGAAAAUUAGAUCAAUUCCAUAAUCUUUGAUCAAUUACCUUCAAUGAUUGAAAUAUUGAAUAUAAGUAACAAUCCAAUAGAAACUGUAAUUAAUGUAAUAAAAUAAAAACUUGAUUAUUUAGAUUAUUUUAACUGAUUUAUUUUGUUAUUUCUUUUUAAAUAUAAACAAUCUUUAAUCUAUCUUGAAAAUUUAAUCUACAUAUAAAUGAUAGAAUGUGGAUAUAAGGAAAUAAUUGUUAUGCAAUUUAAAAUUGAUAGAUGAGAUUGACUCUGUGAAAGUUGAUCAAAAUGAACGCUUUUAAGCUUUAGGAAUGUAAUUAAAUUUAAAUUAUAAGAUUAGUUUUCCUAAGGAUUUAGAAGAGUACUAAAAAAAGUUAACUUAGAGGAAAAUGAAGAAAAUAAUGAAAUUCAAAAAAUUGGAAUAGGUUUUGGAUGUUGAUAAGGUGGAGAUAAGAGAAGAUUAAUUAGCUGAAGAAGAUGACAAUUUAACAGAAAAGACAAUCAUUGAUAUACAUAAUUUGACAGAGAGUCUUAUAACAAAAGCUUAACAAAGCAAUAUAGAGAAAUUGUUUGAGGUUUAAUAGGAAUUGUUGGAAUAUUAGAAAUUACAUUAGGAAAUACGAACUAAAAUAUAUGAAGAAUAAAUAUAAAAAUAAUAAAUAUGA